AUCCACCAACGAACAUCUUCAAGCGACGCCAAAAUCGAGAAUGUCCCCCCUGGAGUUCCGUAACACGGAUUUAGUAUCCAGAUUGUUAGCUGCUACUCCUCCUUAUCUUUACAAUAUGUCAUUGUUGCCGAAUACAUAUUUCUUCAGUGAAAUGUUGCGAUCCCUUGUUCACGCCAAAACUGAAAGAAAUGCGCAAAUGCAGCCCCCUAUAAGGAGGUCUAGGAAAAGAAGUUGGGCAUCUUCCCGGUCGGAAGGCUUCAUCAAGGCAAACGUGGAACCGAAGUCCGAAGAUCUGCAGGAAACUUCUGCUGACUGGAUGCUGAAAAGUAAUAGAAAACCAGAGGAAAACCCGUUGGAACUGACUAUUAAUAAAACAGAAAAUUCUGAAGGUACUUAUCAGAAUAAUUCGAGAAGUGAACCGCACAUUAACGAGCAGAUGUUUCCAAAUAUACAUCCUAGCAUAGCUCAAGAGGGAAACAUCCAGAAUUUGGUUUUGCCUCCUCCUCCUCCUAUGUGGUAUCCUCCUUUAUAUCCAACUCCUCCUUACGGUAUCGAUCCUUUACAUUUCUUCAUAGAUCUCAGAGUUUCCGGGCAUAUCUAUGAUAGGAAAGAUCCUAAAGAGGUUGCACCUCCAUUGGAUACUUUUUCUCCUGGCAGUUCGAAGGAAAAACUCCCCCAUACAGAAGUUUCUGAGGUAAAAAAUGAAAUAGAAACCAAAAGCAGCAUAUUUAGGCAGCCGAGACACUGUUCCGCGUUCUCUGUUCCCGUUCCAACUGCUAGCAAGGGUUUGGACCCUGUGAAUAUAACCGAUAAAGAAAAUAGAUCUACGAAAUUCGAUGUCAAAUCAAUGGGAUUCGAUAAAAGCACAAACAAAACUAGUACAACUUACAUAAUGAGUAAUUUAACAACUAUUUAUAAGAAUGUUGGCAUGAUGAAGGAAGGUAGCAAAGAUAAUCCACAAGAAAAUUUAGAUGAAACUGAGGAAGAAAGAGAAAAAAGAGUCAAGGAUUUGAGAGCGCUGAUUGGUUUGGAACUAGUUGUGGACUAUAUGAAACACAAACCAACAAAAAGUGAUCAAGAAUCAUUCAGUUCAACGGAUGGGGAAUCUAUUGGGAGUCCUACCCUUGAAGUGGUUGCUUUACAAGACGAAAAUUGAAAUUAUAUGUGAAAUAUCUAACUGAAUUGGUAAAUUUAUUUAUAUUUAUUGAUGUAUUAGGGUUCACAGUGGGCCAAUAGCUUUAUUAUGUAUAUACUGUAAAGGAAUCGAACUCGAAGACAAAAC